UUCCUAGAUAACCGUUUCUCGUCAUUGCCUCGCCGGGUCCUUCUUAAAGCUGCAAUUUUUUUUGGUUCACGUGUGGAUACAUCUCAAAAAUAAUAAUAAUGCCACCGUAGUAUGAUGUUAUAAAAGAAUGAAGCUCAGUCGCAGAAAAAUAUGUUCUAUUAUCCUGUUGUCUUACUUGAUAUUUUCUCUUUAUGCCGCUUAUAACGCGUUUUUCAAGACCAGAUUGAUAUCCAGAGUGCACAGGGUUGCGAAAAAGAUAACUGACAGUUCCCAGCAACCCCUGAGGCCUGACCCCAAGAAGGGUCUGGCUGCUUCUGAAGAGGGAGAGGAGUGGAAUCCAUGGGAGGAAGACGAGAAACUUGAGUCUCUUUCUGUGCAACAGAGGCGUAAAGACAGUUUCAGGUUAUUCCAGGAACACUUUGGUAAAAACAGGCCUCAGGAGUACAAAGUCCAGAUCUGGGGCAAAGCUGCAAUUGGUCUGUAUCUGUGGGAGCAUAUUUUUGAAGGAGUGCUCAAUCCAACGGACAGAGCAGCACAAUGGAGAGAAGGAGCAGUACAGUCAGGGAAGAUACAUUUCAGUUUCUACACCGGACCAGCUGUUGUGCAAGGCCGCAUCCCCUUGGACACGGACAGCGUGGUUCUCGUCCUGAAUGGGAGAGAGGACCCGAAGAUCGCCUACGCCACCCAGUGGCUGCAGUACGUACAGGCGCUGGUGCAGACGCACGAAGUGAAUCACGUGGGAGUGAUGCUGCUGGGGAGCGAGAAGUGCAGUAACGAGUGGAUCCGUCCCCACCUCCGACGACACGGGGGGGUUGUGGACCUGCUGUUCCUGGUGUACGACAGCCCCUGGGUGAAUGAGGAAGAUGUGUAUCAGUGGCCUCUGGGUGUAGCAACAUACAGACAGUUUCCUGUAGUAGCACCCAGCAACAAGAUGGUGCAUACCAGAAGACCAUACCUGUGCAAUUUCUUGGGAACUCUCUAUAAGAACUCCUCAAGAGAAACGUUAAUGAUGAUACUGAAACAAGACCACCUAGACAAAGAGUGCAUCACUGCUGCAAGAGAAAAAUGGCUGCCACAGGAGACGAGGGACAGCUCGGGAAAGUAUCAAAGUGCCCUCCUGCAGAGCGACCUGACCCUGUGCCCUGUGGGCGUCAACACCGAGAGCUACAGGAUCUACGAGGCUUGCUCGUAUGGCUCCGUCCCCGUAGUGGAAGACAUCAUGACUCCUGGCAGCUGUGGCAAGUCACUGGCCUCCCACACUGCUCCGCUCCGGCUUCUGAAGGCCAUGGGAGCGCCGUUCAUCUUCCUGAGAGACUGGCGAGAGCUGCCCGCCGUUCUGGAAAGGGAAAGGAAAAUGACCCUGCCGGAAAAGGCCGAGAGGAGGCAGGGGCUUCUCGAGUGGUACAGCAAUUUCCGACAGCAGCUGAGAGAGAGGUUUACAGCUGCCGUUGAAGAGGCUUUCUUUCAUGACGGUUAGGAUCAACUUCAGACCCGGCUGACACACGCGUGGACUGUGUGCACAGGGUGCGGCUAAGGUGUAGAGUUGAAAGUGAACGUGUUAACUGUGAUAAGGUCCGCCAACCACUUGUGGUGCUCGAAACUUGUGCUGUUCAGAAUAAUUUCGUGGCAUGUGAAGUUCUGUGUUUCAAAUAGACCUUUAUGGUGCAGAACUGGCCAAACAACACUGGGUUUCCAAGGUCCCCCUUGAUUUACAGCACAACAGUAGCCUCGUGUACCUGAGCUUACAGUUUUGUCAUUAAGAGCUGUGUCAUUCCUCCAGUCCUCCAGACUGUACUCAGAACAAGGCGAGAGGCAGCUGUACCUGACAGUGUGUGCCUUUAGGAAGCAUACACAAUCUGUACCUCCCUUCAGACUCCCACUAGACUCCUGUGAGAACUCAGGUGUUUCAGUUUGCCUUUGAAACAGUAAGGAACAGGGCUAUAGUAAUCAGCAAUGACUUUCUUUCAUUGCCAUGGCAUCGAGAGAGAGAGGAGAGCUGUUCCUAAAUGCCUUAGCCCAUAUGCUCCCAGAUAUUGAACACCUGGAAAGAAUCUAUUCUUUCAAGAUCAUUUUCACUGUCUCGUAGAAUUAAGCAGUGUUCCUUUCAUUUACACUUGAAGUUUGGUCUUUAAGUUCAUUUGUUGUUCUCUGUUCCAAGAAUGUAUAACUUAUUUUAAGAGUGGAGAUUUUAACAAAAAUGAAAUUUUCUUUGAUCUAGUAUGGUUGUUUACUUAUAAGCUAUGUCAAUUAAGGAGUGUUAGCUGUUGCUUAUUUAAAUGCUGAUAUGAGGGUUGUACCACUUAAUCCGAAUAAAUCUGGAAGUAUGUUUUUUUUGCUGG